GCAGUGGAUGGAUGCUCACACAGAAGCAGCUUCUCUUCUAUACUUUGCGGGUUUAAAAAAAACAACAACCUUUACCGACUCGAGAUGAACACCAACGUCUUCGUCACCAGAGUGCAGUCCAAGUUGCGGGAGGCGAAGGAGAUCAGCGACGAGGAGAAGCUGUACAGAUACAACGGGGUGUUGUACCCGCGCCUCAUGUGCCCAGAGGACCACCUCAAGGCUCUGGAGAACAUCGAGGCCAGAGAGGACGACGUCAUGCUGGUGGCUUAUCCCAAGUGUGGUUUUAACUGGAUGGUGGGCGUGGUGAGGAAGAUCAUCACAGAGGCCACGGGGAUGAAAAUGGAUUCAAGGAUGCCGCCGCUCAUCGAGUUUUUUGGACCGGAUGUCAUAAAGGUCAUGGGUAACACUCCCUCCCCGAGGUUUCUGGGGACUCACCUGCACCCCGACAACAUCCCGGCCUCCUUCCAUGCGAAGAAAACGAAAAUUCUGGUGAUCUUCAGGAACCCUAAAGACACUCUGGUGUCCUUCUAUCACUUCUCCAACAACAACCCGGUCCUCCCGUCCGUGCAGUCCUGGGAAUCCUUCUACUCCCACUUCAUGAGUGGAGACGUUCCCUGGGGGUCAUACUUUGAUCACGCUCUGGCCUGGGAGGAGAGGAUGGAUGACCCCAACGUUCUGAUUGUCACCUAUGAAGAGCUAAAGCAGGACUUGAGCGAGGGCGUCCGUCAGAUCACCACCUUCUUUGGCUUCAGCCUGACGGAGGCUCAGGUGCAGCAGAUCUCAGAGGGGAGCACCUUCACGGCCAUGAAGGAGAGCUCCGCCAGCUCCCACGGGGCUCUGGGGAACGUCAUCUUCAGAAAAGGUGAGGUCGGGGACUGGAGGAACCACUUCACACCAGAACAGAGCAAAGAAAUGGACGACGCCUUCAACAAACACCUGGCAGGAACCAGGCUGGGAGACAAACUCAACUACCAACUGCACUGUCAGUAGGAAGCAAGAGAAGAAGACAAGAAGCGGAAACAGGGAGUGAAAGGAUAUACAAGAAGGGCUCAAGGACUUUUCUGCCCUGAGCUGAGUCUGACAGACCUCCCUCUCAGGCACUGCACAGAUGCUUCUUCUCCUAGUUGGUAGAGGAGGUUCUUUGGAGGCAGUUCAGGGCCAAACGUUCCUUUGUCACAGCCUCAGAGAAAGAAGAAAUAAAAUUAAGAAUGGGUAGGAGCUCAAAGGGAACACAGGCUUGUUUUUUUUGUUUUUUUAACUCCAACCUGGAAACUGUUGUUGCCGUACGAGUUCUACAACAGAAAACAUUAAAAGAAUAGUUUCACAUUUUGGGAGAUCGAGAAUAAGAAAUACAGAUUAAACAAAUGAGAAAUAUAACAUGUAAUCAGUUAGUUUUAAAGAGACAGUACACUGUCCCUUUUAAGAAGUGCGGUAGACACGUGAACAGAUACUGUUUCCAGUCUUUUGGAGAGUGGAAUCAAUCUUCUCAACUGACUCUCCGUCGCUAAGCAAAAAGAAGCAUAUUUCCCAAAAUGUCAAACUAUUCUUUCAAACCCCUUACGAGCAGCAAAGUUUGGCUUGAUUUUGAUUUAAACUUCGGUUCCUCCAAGUGCAAGAAUAAAACAAGGCACUGGCAUUAUUGUAUGCUAUUACAUACAAAUUAAACAUUUUAUAAUAACUUUAGUUGUCAUCAAGACAUAUAGGACCUACUUAAUGCCAUUUCCUUUCUUUUUUUAUGACGAGUUGGUGUUUUCCUGCAUAGCUGAUUGCUUUUUGCUCUGAGCACAUACAGGUUUGUAUGUAAACCAGAGUGUAUCAGAUUCAGUUGUUUGUCUUGAUGGGUGUGAUCUUCUGCCAAAAAUAAUACCUGAUUGCAUCACAUGAAUGUUCAUUCCCAGGUUGUUUAAACACAUAACGGUUGCAUUUUUUUCUAGGAGUUACCUGAAUUUAGGUUUACUCACAAACUUGAUUCUGGUUGUGAAACUGUGGCUUUGAAAACAUUACUGUGAUGAGAUUAUCAGACAUCAUGGA